GGUUCACUGUUGGUCAGUGUGUGUGAGCACAACUUAAAAGGGCUGUGGGCUUCCUGUCUGGUUGAACUCAGGAGACACCGUUAAGCAUGGCUGCCACCCACCGUUUGGUCAUCGUCCGCCACGGCGAGAGCUCCUGGAACCAGGAGAACCGUUUCUGCGGCUGGUUCGAUGCUGACCUCAGUGAGAAGGGCGUGGAGGAGGCCAAGCGCGGCGCCCAGGCCAUCAAGGACGCGGGCCUGAAGUUCGACGUGUGCUACACCUCCGUGCUGAAGCGUGCCAUCAAGACCCUGUGGACCAUUAUGGAGGGCACAGACCAGAUGUGGGUUCCCGUGAUCCGCACAUGGCGCCUGAAUGAGCGCCACUACGGAGGCCUCACUGGACUCAACAAGGCUGAGACGGCCGAAAAGCACGGCGAGGAGCAGGUGAAGAUCUGGCGUCGUUCCUUUGACAUCCCUCCUCCAACCAUGGACAAGGACCAUCCUUACCACAAAAUCAUCAGUGAGUCUCGGCGCUACAAGGACCUGAAGGCCGGUGAGCUGCCCACAUGUGAGUCACUGAAGGAUACCAUCGCCCGUGCGCUGCCCUUCUGGAACGAUGUGAUCGCUCCCCAAAUCAAAGCUGGCAAGAACGUGAUCAUCGCUGCCCACGGCAACAGCCUCCGUGGCAUCGUCAAGCACUUAGAGGGCAUGUCUGAUGCAGCCAUCAUGGAGCUGAACCUCCCCACUGGAAUCCCAAUUGUGUAUGAGCUGGAUGCAGACCUGAAGCCCACCAAACCCAUGGCCUUCCUCGGUGAUGAGGAAACAGUCAAAAAGGCCAUGGAGGCCGUGGCCGCUCAGGGCAAAGUCAAGAAGUAGAAGCCAAAACAAAGACUCUUCCCUCUCUCUCCUUCAGCGUUGUCAUUUAUCCAUCUUUUGUAGUCCAUUCCACCUGGGGAAAUGUUAAAUGGUUCUUUUGGAGAUGGGCCACACUCAACACAUUAACCUCUGUUUGUUGCUUAAAUGACAGAGGCACGAGCUGUCAAAUCAACCAGACAGCUGGGCCCUGCAUUUGAUGCGGUCACACAUCACUCAGCCCUUUUAAAUUGUUGUUAAGCCCUAUUUUGAGGGCCCCACCACCCUGGCACAACCAAUAAAGAAACCAUGUUUUUAUGUGUCUGCA